CUCAAAAAAACGAUAUUGUUCAACCUUUUUCAAUACUGAACACAAGGCUUGGACACAGGGUAAUAAUCGAAUGCCACUUAAGUGUCCAUACAAACUUCAACUACAUGGUUUGGUUCAAACUUAAUUCCAGUAUGAUGAUCCAGAACAUUGUUAAAACAGCAAAGUAUAUGGAAAGUGAGAUUCAUCUGAACGAAGACUUCAAUGAUGGGAGAUUCAGUCUAUCUUUCAACAAUCGGGAAACAUUUCAUCUCUCCAUUGCACAAAUAAAGCAAGAGGACGUUGGGACUUACUACUGUGGAAAGAUUUACAUGAAUCAGUUGAUAUUUGCUGAUGGAACCUUUUUGAUCUUGACAGAUUUAACAUCUGGCAUUAAAGCUAUUGAACAGAAGCCAGUAUCUGAGUCAGUGCAGCCAGGAGACUCUAUGACUCUGAGCUGUACAAUACACACUGAGACCUGUGCAGGAGAACACAGUGUCUAUUGGUUCAGACAUGGCUCAGGAGAAUCCCAUCCAGGAAUCCUUUACACCCAUGGAGGCAGGAGUGAUCAGUGUGAGAAGAGCCCUGAGGCUGGGUCUCCUACACAGAGCUGUGUCUACAACCUCCCCAAGAGGAACCUCAGCCUCUCUGAUGCUGGGACUUACUACUGUGCUGUUGCCUCAUGUGGGGAUGUAUUGUUUGGGAAUGGGACCAAACUCAAUGUUUGCGAACCUAAUUUCACUCUGACUCCCACUUUCUUAGCAUUGGUCACAUCAAAUGUCUUCUUUAUAAUUCUCAGUAUUGUACUGAUAAUUGGAAUGAGCAAAAAGAAAUCCAAUGAGCUUGAAGGUACAGUUUUGUGCUUUUGAAUACGCUAUCACUAGUCUGUAAAACAUCUGCAGUGCAAUGUUAAGCAGUGUGUAUGUGUAUGAAUCAACGUAUUCACUCAAUUAUAUUAACAACCUGAAUGAAUAAUUUGCUGAAAUAGAAACAUUUAAUUGUCUGUUUAUUUUGUACAUCCAAUAUGUACUUUGUUUUGCUUUUCUGAAGGGUCGAAUAACCCCAGGCUGACUACAUUGCAGCAGGUUUGCGUUUGCAUAUAAAUCUUUUUUUCUCAGUGCAUGUGUUAUGUAUGAACACCUUCACUUCUCUUUCAGAACCAGGACAGAGAGGAGUUGAACUAUUCUGCUGUGAGUUUUGCCUCCAGAGGCCCCACCUCCAGACAGAUGAGCGUGAAGACCAUCAGUGAUGCUGCAGUGUAUUCUGAGGUCAGAUAUCUCCAGCAGGAGUGACAGAUGUGGAUAUUCUGGACUGAAGGGAAACCACAUUAGUUUCAGAAAUCAUUUGAAACAAUUAUUUUGUAAUGUCUUUAGACAGCUUUUGCCAAACCACAAAGAUUAAUAAUAGAUAAACUUACUGGUAGUGCAAAAGAUGUUGCGACUGUUUGUUCUCUUGCAUAGUACAUACUUCUAUUGUGCAUUUUAAAUACUUUGUGAAAUAAAUGUCACCAAUGUGUGUGUUCACAAGAUAUUGAA